AUGGAUCGCCGACACCGAGUAUAUCGAGUGUUUAAUCAAGAGAUGUAUGUUGAACCCAAUUUUAAGGUUGUUAAAGAGUUGGGUCAAGGUGCAUAUGGAAUUGUCUGUGCAGCUCGAAAUAUAGCAAGUAAAGACCAAGAGGCAGUUGCAAUUAAGAAGAUUACGAAUGUCUUCUCUAAACCUAUUUUAACAAAGCGUGCUCUUCGAGAAAUUAAACUGUUAAUUCAUAUGCGGAAUCAUCGAAACAUUACUUGCAUAUAUGAUCUGGACAUCAUAAAUCCAUAUAAUUUUAAUGAAGUUUACAUCUACGAGGAAUUGAUGGAGGCUGACUUAAAUGCUAUCAUCAAAUCCGGCCAACCUUUAACGGACGCUCACUUUCAAUCUUUUAUCUACCAAAUUCUUUGUGGUUUGAAAUAUAUCCACUCGGCUAAUGUGAUUCACCGCGAUUUGAAGCCCGGUAAUCUGUUGGUUAACGCAGAUUGCGAACUCAAAAUCUGCGACUUUGGUUUAGCUCGUGGAUGCACCGAAAAUGCCGAUGAAAAUAUUGGCUUUAUGACUGAAUAUGUGGCUACCAGAUGGUACAGAGCUCCAGAGAUUAUGCUAUCCUUCAGCAGUUAUCAUAAGGGUGUAGACGUUUGGAGUGUCGGUUGUAUUUUAGCUGAACUUUUGGGCGGUACACCGUUAUUUAAAGGAAAAGAUUAUGUUCAUCAACUAAAUUUAAUUUUGCACCAACUCGGAACUCCUGAUAAUGAAACGCUUUCACAUAUCAGCAGCUCCCGUGCUCGUGAUUAUGUUAAGAGUCUCCCUAAACAAAAGCCAAUUCCUUUUCACGUUAAUUUUCCAAAAGCAAACCCUCUUGCUCUCGAUUUGCUUUCGAAAUUAUUAGAGUUUGAUCCUCAAAGGCGUAUUUCCGUCGAGGAGGCCUUGGAACAUCCUUAUUUGGCUGUUUGGCAUGAUCCAACAGAUGAACCUGUAUGCGAUUCUAUUUUCGAUUUUAGCUUUGAAUCUCUUGAAGACAUAAAGGAUUUGAAACGCGAAAUCUUGGACGAAGUUUUGAAAUUCCGUCAUAAAGUUCGUCGUCGUGCUCCUUUGCAACCUCAUCCAACAGUUUCAAUUCCUCAACCCGCUCAAAACAUUGUAUAUGGAAACCCUUUUACCAAUCAUAUAAAUGGCACCUAUCAACAACCUCAUGUUGGCAAAAAUGGAAGCCAAGCUUAUUUGAAUGAGAUGAUGGCUGUCCAACAACAGGCCAAUUAUCCCCCAAGGAAAUAA